AUGACCUUCUUCUCCCGACUAGAUCUCCAGGAGUGCCUCCAAACCCUCUCUGUUUUGCAGUGGAUCCCGGGUUACAUCAUUUUAGGGGCUAUUCCCAUUCUGUUCAUCCCCUACUUCCUGAUGUUCUCUAAGUUCUGGUCCGUGGCUGUGUUCUCACUGGCCUGGCUCAUCUAUGAUUGGAACACCCACAGUCAAGGUGGUAGGCGUUCAGCUUGGGUACGGAACUGGACCCUCUGGAAGUACUUUCGAAAUUACUUCCCUGUAAAGCUUGUGAAGACUCAUGACCUUUCUCCCAGACACAACUACAUCAUUGCCAACCACCCCCAUGGGAUUGUCUCUUAUGGUGCCUUCAUCAACUUUGCCACUGAGGCCACUGGCUUUGCUAAGAUGUUCCCAUCCAUCAAUCCCUCUCUAGCAACAUUGGAAGGGAUUUUCUGGAUCCCUAUUGUGCGAGAUUAUGUGAUGUCAAUGGGUUUGUGCCCAGUAAGCAAGUCAGCCUUGAAUUACCUGCUGACCCAAAAAGGCUCAGGUAAUGCCGUGAUUAUUGUGGUGGGUGGAGCUACAGAAGCCCUCUUGAGCCAACCCAGAACCCCCAUCAUCUUCCUCAAAGAGCGGAAAGGUUUUGUGAAAUUGGCACUGAAGACUGGGGCCUAUCUUGUCCCUUCCUAUACCUUCGGUGAGAAUGAACUUCACAAUCAGACGACCUUCCCUGAGGGCACGUGGAUAAGGUUCUUCCAAAAACACUUCCAGAACAUAGGCAAAAGAAUCCUGGGAAUAAAUUUCUGUACUUUCCAUGGUCGAGGCCUCACCCGUGGAUCCUGGGGCUUUCUUCCUUUCAAUCGGCCUGUUACCACUGUUGUUGGUGAACCCCUGCCUAUCCCCAGGAUUAACAGACCCAACAAGGAGACAGUAGACAAGUACCACACGCUCUACAUCAGUGCUCUGCACAAGCUGUUUGACCAACACAAAGUUGAAUAUGGCUUCCCUGAAACCCAGGAGCUGACAAUCAUUUAACUGCAGCUGAGGUCCCUGUUAGCAAAUUCCCAAAGUCUUAGGGGAACCCAAGUAGAACCGUAGGGAAAGAAGAAUUUAGAGAAAUGAGAGGAGUUUAACGAUGGGAGAGGAGCCCAACCAAGCCAGACACUACCCAAUGAAUAGAGGCAGGGCGACUACAGCCCCUUCCCAAGUGCCCAGGGCAAGUAUGGGGAACAGAAUCAAAGGGACAGAGGAGGAUUGGGGAAGUUUAGUUAACAGAGGAAGCUGCUCUAUCACCCCGGCUUAUUUUAAGCAGUCUGGGGAGUACUUGGACUCA